CGCGCUGAUAACCGCGCCCCUUCCCAUCCUCCACAUACCAACUCAUUCCCCAGACCAAAUUCCCCUCAAAAUCAACAAUUCCACCAAAGACCACUAUACGGCACACGUUCAGUCUAGAACCACUCUGCCAGUAUCAGACCUGCCUAGAUCGAGCUUUAAGCUGAGCACGCUGCGUUAUUCCGACCGAAUUAUAGCGACACCCACCGCUGUAGGGCCCGAUUACUGCGAAUCAAAAGCGAAACAGUACGAGAAGCAAGCCUGAGAGAACGUUCGAUACGAUGGCAGGAUACAACGGGCGACGAGCCCCCAAUGUGGCUCAAUACCUGCGAGAACUGAACACAAUCCAGCCGGCAACCCCGGCCGCGUCGGCCGACGGCUUUGGAGGAAGCCUGGAUGAAGAUCUCAUGAUGUUCACCAACACACAAUUCUUCGAUUUCGAAACGGGAGAGAACACCGAUUACCAGUCGCAACCACACAAAGAGACACCGCCGAGCACAGUCAGCCCGAGCGAGACACAGCAGCCCAUUUCGGCGGCCGCAUCAACGACGACGAUGGAUGACUUUAGCAGUAUGGACUUUAUGUCAGGCGACCUUAACUUUUCCGACUUUGGCGGUCCAUAUGCAUCAUCAACUAUGCACAGCUAUCCGGAGCCCCUGAGCGGCCUCCAGUCUAUCCAGCCAAACCCACAACACACUUACCCCAUGGCCCCACCUGCACAAAGGCCCCUUCCGCCGCAACAAAACGCGUUUGCCGCACAACAGCAACAGCCUAGGUUAGCAGCCUCCUCCACCAAGGUUCGGUCACCAAUGGAACAGACCAGGCCGGCGAGCCAAGAUGAGUCAUCGCGUCUCGCCGCGGAAGAGGACAAGCGUCGUCGCAACACAGCCGCCUCUGCGCGCUUUCGCGUCAAGAAGAAGCAGCGUGAGCAGGCUCUUGAGAAGAGCGCCAAAGAAAUGAACGACAAGGUCAACGCUCUCGAGGGGCGUAUCAACCAGCUGGAAACAGAAAACAAGUGGUUGAAGAACCUAAUAAUGGAGAAGAACGACGGCAAUGAAGAUAUCGCCAAACUCUGGAAGGAGUUCAGUGCAAAGCAGCAGGCUGGCGAUGGUGGCAAGAGCCCAAAGGCAGAAAAGAAGAAGCCCGUAGCAUCGCCCGAGGAACAUGAGGCAGAUGACUUUACGGGAUGAUCCGUAUGGUCAGGUUGGCACAGUUGGCCCAUAUCUUUGGUUCCUAUCUUGCAUAUAUAUGCAUUUGGGUUCUCUAGUAUUGUUUUCUGUCUUUAAUUUCUUUUGGAUUAUAUGGCGUGCGGAUUGCGGCGUUUCUUCAAAAUUAGCGGCCUUCGGUGGGGAAUUGGAAAGGGUGGUCGUGGCUGGUUUGCCAUGUUGUCAUUAGUGCUUUGUAUUUGGUCGGCGUUCUUCCAUGGUGAAACAUUUUUCGAUACCCCAAGCCACUCCUUCAUCAGGUUUGGUCGUGAUUGGGACGAGACUUUGCCGAGUAACGAUCCAAUGAGGAAUAGAUGUACCUAUGUUGUACGAUUUACUCGCAUAUGCAUGUAAUCUUGGGCUAUGAUUGCGAGUUGUGAGAAUCUCUCUUGUAAGCUAAUUACAAAAGAUUUCAUGUUUCUUGUCGAUCAAAGGUUACGACACCGUUGCUACAGGUACGCGAACGACUGUCAAGUACCAUUGUUGCAGUCAAGGAAGAGGAAACAAAUGAAAUGGAGACAAGCGAAUAAACAAACCGAGGAUAAAAGCAACAGAUAAGGAUAGGUGCAAGUCUAGACGACGCACAACGCACGAUAAGAUUCAACCACUCGCUCUCUCUCUCUCUCGAAGAUUUUGUGCCGCGGAAGAAAGAUACCCCUGUUGAGCAAAAAAAAGAAAAAAAAAAAGGAAAAAAAAAGGGG